AUGGGUCUUACUGGAGUAGGAAAGAGUACCUUCAUCGGUCAUUUUGCGGAUGGCCGAAGGCCAGACGUAGGCCACAUAUUAGAGUCAUGCACAAACGAGGUCGAUAUCUAUAAAUGUAGUGACUACCGACUUGGGGAGUUCUAUCUGGUGGAUACUCCAGGAUUUGACGACACGCACCUCAGUGAUACAGACAUCCUCAUUAAGGUUGCCAAUUGGCUCAGCCGGCUCACCCAAGAAGAGAUACGAUUGACAGGUAUCAUCUACCUGCACCGAAUCUUCGACAAUCGCGUGGGGGGCAGUGGCAUGAGGAACUUGCGGUUUUUCAAGAAGCUUUGCGGCGACAGGGCUAUGUCGCAAGUCGUGCUCGCCACUACAAUGUGGCACAUGACUGACGAAGACACGGCUAAGAGACACGAAGCAGAGCUCAUGACCAAGCCGGACUUCUGGGGCUCCAUGAUCGCCAACGGCAGCAAAGUCCUCCGACAAGACAACGACAAGGUGUCCGCCCGAGCCAUCAUCAAAUACCUCAUCGACAAAAAAGCCAGCAACACCGGCCGACCCCGGCCCCUCGCCAUCCAGGAGGAGAUGCAAGCCGGCAAAUCCCUCGAAGAGACCGGCGCCGGCCAAGAAAUGCAGUCCGAACUCGCCAAACAAAAAGCCGAGUACGAGCGCCAGCUGAACAAGCUACGACAAGACCUCAAACAAGCGAUCCGCGAAAACGACAAGAACUGGCAGGCCGAGCUGCAGCAGCUCAAUGAGGAAAACAAAGCCAAAACCGCGCAGGCGGACGCCGACCGCAAGAAACUCAACGCCACCAACGAAGCGCUGAUGAAGCAACUCAACGCCCAGGAGGCCAACGAGGCCGACGCCUGGAAGAAAGAGCGCGACAAUCAGCAGCGCUUGACGGCGCGGCUGGAGUACGAGUUGCGCAUGCUGAACGCACGCGCGGAUUCCGAGGCCGAGAAGUUCCGACUGAGGCAGCAGCUGCAGGACGAGCACAACAAGUUGGAGAUGCUGAGAUGGAAGAUCAGGCAGUCGCAGGCGAGUUGUGUGGUUAUGUAA